AUGAAGAUAUCGCAAGACGACAUUCACAUCAUGCGCAACCGAUUCGGCGUGCCAUGCGGGAGGGUGAUGGUGCUCGUCGAGAGCCUGUUGCAACCGAACUUCGAUUUCAGUGAAGGGAGAAGCACACCGGGCGACACCAGCGCCUUGGCCCACGAGACCUCUGCAGACACGGGGUCGCAGUCGGAACCUACACAAGCAUCUAGCCCAAGUUUCCUCACGAAAGGUGCUCAGAAAGCAUUGCUGGAGAGCCUUCCGGAGCAAUCAAGAGCGUACAUCUGUGAUGAGCACGACGUUAAGUGCUACGUUGAGCAGUGCGAGCGGUAUCUAACUCUCUCCGAAGAUUUGCGGCGGUUUGCAGAUCCCACUAACUUGCACCGCAUAGUGACCGUCACCGGUAUGAACAAGACAUACGGACGUCUGGAGCUUGCGGAGGUUAUCGAGCGGCACACCAACGUCAAAGUGAACCCUUUGAACAUUGCAUUUCGCUUCAAAAGCAACGGGGAACAGGACUCCACUGCAUGGGUGCUGUGUGACAGCACCCGUGACGCCAACCGCAUCAUCGCAAAAUUACAGGAAGUGGCCGUGCCUAAACGGUACCAGUACGGCGCGUUGAUGGGAGCUUCUUUUCUAUACGCUGCUCGGUCGUCAUUGUUUCUGUCUGACCCGGGUUUGGACUUCGUGACGAAGAAGAGCAAGUAUCAGGUGUUUACCCUGGGUUGGCAACCGGAUAUAGACGAGGAGGAGCUGACGCACCUGGCCAACAGCCUCAAGUUUUUCCCCAAGUCAGUGAAGGUGGUCAGACUGCCUGGUUCAGACGGCACAAAAGAGGAGGUUGGAGCGUUCUUUGAGUGCGACCGUAUGCGGAACACCAAGAAACUGAUGGUCCGUUUGCACAUGUUGAAGCGUCGCUGGAAGAUUCCGGAGCAUUCCCCCUUCUACGCCUACCCUAAGACGGCGGAUGUGCGUUGGGCUUCUGAUAACGGUGUGUAUGCUGAGGACGACCCGGCAGACGACUCCGACUUGGAUGAGCCGGUACACUACUGA